CUGUCCCGAGCCCUCGUCCCUACCUUAGUCGUCCUGAAAUGGAAUGAUGAGGAGAGUCAGAGCACGAACCAUGGGACAGAGCAUCUACUGCUUAUGACGCAGAUCCUAAACGCCACGCGCCUCCUGGACCUUUUUUGGAGAAACUCCGCAACUUCUUAAUGUUUCAAGGAUGUUCUUCCCAGAUGGGAGUCUCUCAGCUAUCAAUUAUGCGCUCGUGUUGGGAAUAACGUGCCUCACCGUCUUCUGCAACUUCACCAGAAGUUCCUCCGAGUUUUCAGGUUACCUGUCCAAAGUGUUGAGGAACUACACCGAGCAGGCGUGUGACGGAGACAUCCUGUCUGUGCGCUGCCCGCCCCGCACCACAAUCACCGUCCAAACAGCUUUCUACGGCAGGAGAGGCCCCUCCCACCCCCUGCAGUGCCCGGCCUAUCACCAAGCCUUCACAGAGACACGCCCACGAGAGGAUGACUCACACUGUUCUGUGUCUACUGCCCUGCAGAAGAUGUUGGAUGAGUGCCAGGACAGGAGGAGCUGUCAGGUUGUGGUUAACAGCCGUCUCUUCGGGACAGACCAGUGUCCUGGCAGCCCCAGCAGACACCUCACUGUGGGCUACAAGUGCAGGCCUUACGAGUAUAAGAGCAAGGUGGCGUGUGAGGAGGAGAGGAUGAAGCUGAGCUGCAAGCAGGGCAUGCAGAUCGCUGUCUACUCCGCCAUGUUUGGACGGACCCAGCAGGGCAUCCUGGAGUGUCCUCCCCACCACUGGAGGGCGCCGUCCGUAGAUUGCCAGUCGGGCGUGUCUCUCGAGGUCUUGACGGCCCGUUGCCAGGGGAGGAAGAGCUGUUCGGUUCGAGUGUCCACAAGGGAGUUUGGAGACCCGUGUUAUUCCGGGACAAGGAAGUACCUCAGUGUCAUCUACACCUGUGUCCCAAAGAAGCUUCUCCAGGACCCCUCUCCCAGGCCCGUGUACCCCCGUCCACCCCAUGCCCAUGACCCCAAUGUGGUUGGAGACAGCGCCCCGCCAGAUGGGAGCUCACUCAUAACCCCUGACACAGUGCCAGGAAAGAAGAAGAGAGGGAGGGAGUCUGGCUCCUACUCUGAGGAGGAGAAGACUUCUGCAGGAGGAGGAGGAGGAAGAGGAGGUGUGGAAGAGAGCCCCCCCCGCCCUCCAGACAUGCACCCCGUCAUCAACACCACAGCCGGCAGCUCAAGAAUGGCUCUCAUCAGCAAUGCCCUGGCAGCAUACACCUUCAUAGCAGAUCACCCGGAGAGAGCUGCCCUGUUCUUCGUGUGCGGGGUGUGUCUGGGUCUCUUCCUCACCCUCUUCGCCCUGGUGCUCCAGAUCUCCUGUCGCACCGACUGCCAGCCUCGCAAACGGCCGCCCGCCAAAAAGCGAACGAGGCCCGCCGACUCGUCCUCCGACUCCAGCGACUCCGACUCGGACUGGGACACCACCUCGGACCUGUCGGCGCGGAGGCACCGGCGAUUCGAGCGCACGCUCAACAUGAACGUGUUCACGUCGGCGGAGGAGCUGGAACGGGCGCAGCGCCUGGAGGAGAGGGAGAGGAUCAUACGAGAGAUCUGGAUGAACGGACAGCCCGACAUCCCCGGGACGCGCAGCCUCAACCGUUACUACUGAGGUGGAACCGCAGAAGGACCGCAAAUGGGCCACAGAUGGACCACGGGGGGACGGCAGGGGAAGCGGUCGAUGACAGAGCUUUUGUUACUUGAUAUGCUUAGGCGUGCAAAUGCAAACAUGGACCAUGGAAGGACCGAUGGGGUCUAGGACAGGGCCCCGGACCGCUGAGAACCACGAGGGGUGGAACCACACUUGGGAGCAGAAUAUGUCUGCCUGUGUGUGUGUGUGUGUGUGUCUGUCUCCCUGUCUGUCUGCCUGCUUGUCUGUUGUGUGUCUUUCUGCUUUUCUGUGUGUGUGUCCGUCUGCCUGUCUGUCAGUGUCGUGUGGUUCCUAUUAUCAAGACCUCUCUGUGUUUUCACUGUGGAUAUAAGCUCCUCCCCCCUCCGUCUGGUAAGCUUGGCCAGAAGCCUGCCCCUCAUUGGUUAAGGCAAAGGUGAAAGGUCAUUCAGUGCACUGCCAUCGACCCUAACCAGACCUUCUGGAAGCAGAGGUUCAUGGGAUACCUUCCGCAGACACGAGCAGAGCGGUGCAGACUGAAAGCUGACUGAAUACACCACCUUAUUUCAGUACAUACUUAUACUGAGAGCUGAACAACAUUUACAGACUAGAAAGAUCUUGCAGCUUUGCUUAACAAUCACUCACCCUCCAGUAUUCAGACACACAGAAGAGUUUUGGAGAGUUCUUAAUGAAACCGUACAGUAGGAUGAAAUAACCGGAUAGCCGGACAGACUGACGCUGAUGUUGCAGACAAUCGUAGUAGAUAACCAUGGUUCAACCAUGCUGACUUUGGAACUUUUGAACCACAAGUUGUUGUUUUUGGAAUUCAUCUCAGCCCUUAUAAAAUCUAUUUUAUAAUAUUUAAUAGUUUUUAUUGUUGUGUAUUUUUAUUGUGUUUUUUUUUCUUCCUUUAUGGUCAUAAUGAGAUAUUUUUAUACUGUUGUUGCGAUUCUUGUCUGGCACCUCAGGGACCCAACCCUAGUGAUAAUGUGUCUGGUCGUUGUCUUGUUUCCUAAGAAGGGGAUCAGUCCAUCGUUACAGAUGUGUCAGCGUUUAUAAGAAGAUAAGCAAACAUUAAGCAAAAGCCUCAAAGAGGUCUAGUGAUUAAGCUUAUUUUUGAUAUGUUAUAUUAUGCACAGUGCAGUGCCUUAUCAAGCUAGUAAACAAUGUCAAUUGGAGUCCAUAAAUUUGUCAAGCUAUCAAUAGUUAACUAACUUAUCAGUCAGUUUGUUCUGGUCUGGUUUUGUGUGUGCGUGUCUGUGUGUGUGUGCGUGAGUGCGUGCGUUUGUCUGUUUAUGUGUGCGUGGGUGUGCAUGUGUACGUGCGUAUGUGUGUGGUGUGUUCAGUAUGUGUCCACUCUGCCAAAUGGGCUUGUUUUUUAAGUAGUAUCAAUUUGCCGAUGGCUUUGUCAAACAUUGCACUUGUUAUCCUGCAGGAAUGGAAAAACAUAUUACCAGAUCAUUACCAGAUCAUGCCAACUGGGUACCAGUAGAUGCGCCCUGUAAAAGUUAUGUGGUCAUCAGAAGACUAUAUUAUUGACCCUCACAGGACACCAUAGCUCCCUUUGUCAUCAUGUUGUCAUAUAAGCUAUUAUACAUCCAGUUGUGUUGCACUGCACUGGAUUCAACCCUCAGUUUUCCUGAGAAGUGUGGGAUUGUCUUGGCUGAGAGAAGAGUUGAGAACAGAGUGCGUUAAGGUUUAUCUAGCCACUCUCAUACUGCCUCCCAUGAAUGGGAUUACUAUUGAGGUUUUGUGUUUCAGUUUGAAUGGGAUUAUAUAAUAUGCCAAUAGCUGGUGAGUGAGACCAACAUUUGACUCCUGUGCUUCAAAUAAACCAUGUUGAAAAUGUAGAA